AUGAAUGCAGAAACAAAACCAGUUGGAAAGCGAAAGCCAGGAAUGGCGGCUAACUUUGAAGUCGAGGAACCGCCAAUUAAUGACGAAUCAGAUGAGAUUUCUCGUUCUCGACUGUUUAUUGCACGUCCGACGUGGUCAGUCGCGCCGCACAAUGCCAAUGGCGGUCACCAAAAUUGGAACAAGCCGCGAUCGAACAUAUGGAAGACCCUGGCAACGAUCUGGAGUUUCUUUGUAAUUGGGGCCAAUGACUCGGCAUCUGCCAUUACUUCCUUAUCUCCAAAGCUACUACAAGCUAUCCUACACGGUUGUGUUGUCUCGGUUAUUUUCCUGUCCCCGUUAGUUGGUUAUGCCAUUGCCGGCGUGAUCGACGGCAGGAUCUACACGACAAUGGGCCGUCGGGGGGUGGCGUUGAUAUGCCCGCUGUGCCAUCUGCUCGCCUACAUUAUCAAUUCCUUUCAUCCGCCCUACCAUGCCCUUGUCGUUGCCCUGACCUUUGCGGGUAUGACUAAUGGUCUUUCGGAUUCAGCCUGGAAUGCCUGGGUUGGCGGCAUGGAUAAUGCCAGCCAGAUUCUGGGUAUCUUGCACGCCUUUUUCGGUCUAGGAGCUGUCUUUGGCCCUUUAAUUAUAAGUUCGCUUGUUGCACAGGCUGGCCACCCAUGGUAUUAUUUUUACUAUGUGAUGAGCGCAUUUUCGGCCGUCGAGUUAAUCACCUCUCUCGCCGCUUUCUGGGACAUGAAAGGCGAGCUCUCGCAAUACCGGGCACCCGGACAGUCAGAGAAAACCGGGAGUAGUGGCGGUACGAGAAAGGCAAUGUUCCAACCUCCCUUCGCUCGGGUUACUUGGCUUUGCUCAAUGUUCUUUCUCUUUUAUGUGGGUAUCGAGGUCGCCAUAGGAGGAUGGGUCACGACCUUUAUGAAGGACGUCCGGAAUGCUGCUGAGUAUGUCAGCGGCAUGACAGCCACCGGGUUCUGGCUAGGUCUAUCAGUUUGGAGGCUCGUGCUUGGAUUCGUCACGCCCUUGAUUGGAGAGAAGAUCGCAAUCCUUAUCUACAUCACUCUCCAGAUUGUCUUUUGUCUCGUCGUCUAUCUUGUUCCCAAUUUCUACGUUUCCGCGGUCGGCGUGGCAAUGCAGGAUUUCUUCCUUGGUCCUUUGUUUCCCGCUGUGGUUUAUGCGUGCGUGAAGUUGCUUCCUGAAGACCUACAUGUGACGGUCAUUGGAGUCACGACGGGUUUCAGCAGUGUGGGAUCAUCGGUUUUGUCUUUCUCGGUCGGUGCCAUUGCUGAUACUGAAAAGAUUAAGUUUCUUCAGCCGUUUAUACUGGGAUUGUCGGGUGCGAUUAUGAUUCUAUGGGAUUGUCUGCCGAAGAUUCCGAGGACAUUGAAGAGCUCGAAGAGAAAGACUGUUCGUUUCGAGGGGUUCUGA